CAGGCUGCGGGAGGUGGACGUGCGCAUCGUUGGCCUGGACAGCUGCCGCAGGCUCCACCACCCAGAGCCCGUCACCAAGGAGAUGCUCUGUGCUGGCUCCGUGCAGGGCCGAAAGGGAUUCUGUGAGGGCGACUCCGGGGGCCCCCUGGUCUGUCUGCUCAGGGACAGGCGCUGGGUGCAGGCAGCGGUGGUGAGCUUCAGCAGGGGCUGUGCUGAGCCCGGACUCCCGGGGGUGUACGCCAGGGUCUCUGCCUACCGGGCCUGGAUCCAGCGCCACCUGCGCCCGCGGAGGAACUUCCGCAGGGGCUGACCCCGCCCCUCCAAUCUGUCUGCCGUUCUUACGUCUCUCUCCCACGUUCCUGUGCACCCCUUCCCCCCUCUGUCCUUGCCUCUCGCACUCAUCCAUCCCCCCCACCCCGCUCUGUGCCCCUUGUUCCCACCCACCCCCAUGUGGCCAGCUGACCACGGGAGCCCAAGUCCUGGCUCUAGAGGAGAGAAGGGGGAAGGGGGGCUGGCAGUUUGCCUUGCACCUGUUUAAGGCAAAGAGCCAGGGCCAGGAUGGAAGCACAGGUUGGGGGUGGGGGAU